AUGGAGGAUCUGGAAGCAAUGUCUGGAGAGACUAGCCUGGCUCGAGCCACAGUUCCUGUUGGUGUAGUUGCGCAAACCAAACCCCUUGAAACAACUCUUAACAGAAGUGAAUGGUCUCUUGUCUCUUGCCAGAAUAGUGGCUUGGUGAUAUUUUCUCCAAGGGCUCAGGAAGACAGCAUCUGUGUCUCGCUAAAUGGAUUCCAGGCCCUUCAGGAUAGUAGAGAGGAGUGUGAGUUUGUGGAAGAUGAGGAAGAUGAGGAAGAUGAGGUGGAGGAAACCAUGGAGUACUCAAAAUCAGAAGCUAUAGCACAUGGUGAGGGCGUGGCAGGGAACAUCUCAGCGCAACAGGGGCAGAGGAUCGAAACUGCUGAUAGUAAACUCGAGGGAUCUGGUACAUGCAGUAUCUCAGCAUCAGAAGGGUCCAAAGCCAAGCCAAAAAGCUUCCUCCCGGAAGCACUGAUGUCGUCAAUCUUUGCAUGGAACAUGCGUGGGUUCAAUAAGCCACGCAAACAAAGGCUUUGCAGGAUAUGGGUUUGUUGGUCAGACGAUGUGGAGGUAUGUCCGGUUUCGGUGAGUGCGCAAAUGAUCACUGUUUGGGUGCGAUACAAGGCAUCUCGUGACACGUUCCUCAGCUCUUUCAUCUAUGCAUCCAACUGUAUGAUUGAAAGAAGGGAAUUAUGGAGUGAAAUAGAAGCUAUUGCGGGAUCAGUGGCGGGCACAAACAACUCUUGGAUCAUCCAAGGUGAUUUUAAUGUUGCUCUCUCAGCGCAGGAGCAUUCCCGGGCUGUAGAAUCUGCAAUGGACAGGAUUUCGAUGAGGGAUUUUCAGAAUGUGGUUUAUAAGUGUGAUAUGAUGGACUUGGCGCAGGUUGGACCUUCUUUCACCUGGUCAAACAGUCAAGAAGCAAACCCUAUCAGUAAGAAGUUGGAUCCGGUCAUGGUUAACAAUUGCUGGAUCAAUGAAUUCCCAAACUCCUUCGUCACUUUCGAGGCAGGGGGUGUUUCAGAUCAUCUUCGAAUGCAUAUUCAGCUCCGAGCUGCAAUUCAGGGGAACUUGAAACCAUUCAAAUUUUUUAACCACACUGCCUCUCGCCCGAGGUUCCUCGAAGUGGUUGCUAUGGUCUGGAACAAAACAGAGGCUCUGUUUCAUUCACGUUUUGCUCUUCGGAGGUUUCAGGAUAAGCUUAAAGCUCUCAAGUCUGAGAUGAGGGGCCUAAAUAGGGACAUGUUUGGGGACUUACCAGGUCGGGUUAAGCUUGCUUACGACGACCUAUGCAUGAAGCAAACAGAGGCAAUGCAGAACCCCCAAGCCUCGACAUUUGAAGAAGCUUCUGAUGCUUGGGAGCACUGGCACCAUAGUGCCCAGGCGGUACUUCCUGACGUCCUUCAGGGCCUGAUAGACUACAGGUGUUCCCCUGCAGACGCUGUCAACCUUACGAGGCCGGUUGAGGCAGCAGAGAUCACGGAAAUUCUGUUUUCUAUGCCUGCAAAUAAAGCUCCUGGACCUGAUGGAUACCCAAUGGAGUUCUACAAAGCCGCUUGGCCAGUGAUAGGUAAAGAUUUAAUCACAGAGAUACAAUCCUUUUUCCUAUUUGGGUUUAUGCCGCACAGUAUCAAUGCUACGUUGUUGUCCCUUGUCCCAAAGACCACAGAGGCAGAAAAGAUGACUGACUUCAGGCCCAUCGCCUGCUGCAAUGGUAGGUUGCUUCUGGAGAACGUCCUAUUGGCCACUGAGCUCGUCAAGGACUACCACAAAGAUUCAGUUUCAUCGCGAUCUGCAAUCAAGCUGGAUAUCUCUAAAGCUUUCGACACAGUGAGCUGGUCUCUUAUUGAGGAUACCUUGAGGGCUAUGGAAUACUCGGAUAUGUUUGUCAGCUGGAUAAUGAAAUGUAUAAGCACUGCAGCGUUCUCUGUCUCUGUUAAUGGUGAGCUGGAGGGGUUUUUCAUAAGCAGUAGAGGCAUAAGGCAAGGCUGCUCAUUAUCCCCUUAUCUCUACGUUAUUGUUAGUAAUGUGCUGUCAAAGCUCAUCAAUAAAUCAGUGGUGGAGGGUCAAAUUGGGUUCCAUUCUCAGUGUCGGGAAGUUAACCUCUCUCACCUGAGUUUCGUAGAUGAUAUAGUGGUGUUUACAGAUGGAUCGCCCGCCUCUCUCGUUGGGACGCUACAGGUGUUUGAUGAGUUUGCUUCUAUGUCUGGUUUGCGGAUCAAUGUGACAAAGUCUACUGUAUCUGCAGCAGGGCGAGGGCGACGGGCUCUAGAAGAGGCUGCUACGAUCUCGGGUCUCCCGGUUUUAACGCUUCCUAUCAAGUAUCUUGGUCUACCCCUCACUACCAAGAUUAUGACUAGGAAUGAUUAUGAGCCAUUGACCACGAAAAUUAGGAAUCACUGCUCUCAUAGACUAGUAAAGCUCUCUCGUAUGCUGGCCGGCUCCUGCUCAUCAAGUCAGUCAUAG